AUCUUUGGGGGCAGAGUUAGGGUAUAAAUAAUCCUCUGGACAGCGCGUCUUCCAACAAUCUACAGCACCACCUCUGAUGUAGCCACCUAAACUCGAAGAUUUAAUCGGUUUUACCUCCACCAAACUCAGAUAAACCUUCAACCCCUUUUGCAAGUUUACCUCGUACUUCCACUUCAGUAUCUUUGUCAGAAGAUGUACUGCUUCAAGUUAGCACUGACUGUUAGUGUCAUGGCCAUGGCUUAUUGGCCUAUGGCUGCGGCAUUUACAUGCAGAGGAAAAACACAUAAAACUCGAGAAUGUUUCUGGCAGAGCCAGGAUGCAGCUGCAUUGUAUUACCUCCCAGAUAAAGACAGGACCUGCAACACACCCGACGCGCAAGUGCCACCCGGCGUGCCAACCCAUCAGUUUUGCUGUCUUAUCCAAAUCACCAAUGCCGGAUCAUACUCAAGGGAAUUACUUAGAGAAAUCUCCGAUUUUGUCCACCAAAAAUGCGUUCCAGGGGGUGAAUAGUUGUACCAGGAAGUCCGCAGUGUCAGCAGUCAUAUUCCAACCGCUUUCCCAAAACCCAAAUAUGUCUACAGUCGUUCUUUCUUUCGACAUCAAAUAUCUUGCCUGCAUACCUUGACAGUUUGAGGUCUACUUACAACCUAGUAACCGACGUUGUUUUUGAUCUGGCAACUGAACAAGCAAUGAUCACGCCGUUAUCUCCAUGUCCAAGAUCUUUG